GGUAUUGAGCAUUUGUCAUGUCUCGAAAUUCUCAAUUUGUACUAUAAUUGUCUUGGGGGUCUUGAAGACAUUUUGCUUUUAAAAUCAAACCCUAAACUAAAAGAGUUAGACCUCCGACUUAAUCCAGUAUCUCGAGUUGAUCCAGAUUAUCGCUACUAUUUGAUUUAUGUUCUGCCACUUCUUUCAGUAUUGGAUAACAGAAAAAUACGUGACGAGGAAAAGAGAGCAGCCUUUGCUCAUUUUUCAAGUGAUCAGGCAGUCAAUUAUUCCUCUGGAGUUACUGCUUUCAAAGAUAAAAUCGCAUCUUCAAUCUCAGUAACGCAAACAGAUUCAAGUGAAAAAAUAAAUUCAGAGCAACACAGUUUACAUCCUCAUGACUUUUUAAAUGAAAAUUUACCACUUGAGGAAAUUAGUCGAUCUGAGUUAGCUAACGACAGAGGGAGAAGGAGAGUCGAAAAAUACCAACAUAAAGGAUAA